AAUUCCCAAACUACCCUUCCCACCUUCCGAAUAUAUCCUUCUCCCCCACCUCCUGAUCUCCCCGACUCUCUCUCACACACGAACAAAACAGAAACACGAUCUCUUUUUCGUUUUCUUCUUCUCUCUCUCUCUCUCUGAUCUCUGACUUCGUUGAACUCGGAGGUUGUGACCCGGCCGAGUCGGACACGAUGACUCGGCGGUGCUCGCACUGCAGCAAUAACGGCCACAACUCACGCACGUGUCCUUCACGUGGUGGCGUUGGUGGUGGCUCAGGUAGUGGGGUGAAGCUAUUCGGCGUGAGGCUCACCGACGGUUCGAUCAUCAAGAAGAGCGCCAGUAUGGGGAAUUUAUCGGCGCACUACCAUUCUUCCUCAUCCGCUGCCGAUUCACCGAACCCGGACUCCCCUUCCUCCGACCCACUCCACGAACCCGACGGUUACUUAUCCGACGACCCUACCCAUGCUUCCUGCUCUACCAAUCGCCGUGGCGAACGAAAAAAAGGUGUUCCAUGGACAGAAGAGGAGCAUCGAAUGUUCUUAAUUGGUCUCCAGAAAUUGGGAAAAGGAGACUGGCGUGGAAUAGCACGAAACUAUGUAGUGUCUAGAACUCCUACCCAAGUGGCAAGCCAUGCGCAGAAGUAUUUUAUCCGACAGACUAAUGCUACCCGUAGAAAGAGACGCUCCAGCCUUUUUGACAUGGUUCCUGAUAUGGUCACAGACACACCUCCAGUGCCAGAAGAAGUUCUGUUGCCUUCUCCUCAGGGAAGAGAAUCUGAUAAUGCACAAUCACUACCUUCACUAAAUCUCUCUCUCCAGUCAGAAUGUGAACCCAUGGAAGCUGCUCAUAAUUUAAAAGCUAAAGAUCCUGAGGAACCUGCAAUGGGUUUGAAUGGGUAUCCCCCGAUGGUUCCUGGAUUCUACCCAGCUUAUCUACCAGUCCCUUUUCCAUUGUGGCCACCAAGUGCAUCACCUUUGGAAGAGAAGGGUGCUGAAACAUCUCAUCAUCAGGUCCUGAAGCCAAUUCCAAUGCUUCCCAAGGAACCUGUUAAUGUUGAUGAACUAGUUGGAAUGUCUCAGCUUAGUUUAGGAGAGGCUGAGAGAGACCUUAGAGAGCCUUCACCACUCUCCUUAAAAUUAUUAGGAGAGCCCUCAAGGCAGUCAGCAUUUCAUGCAAAUGCUCCGGUGGGUGGGAAUGCUCCGGUCAGUGGAUCGGAUUUGAGGAAGGGCAAGAGCAGUGCAAUCCAAGCAAUCUAAAUUGGAAAGCAUGGGCCAGUAUUAUGACACUCCAUUUUGGUCCUCCCUUUUUUUUUUUUUUUUUUUUUUUUCCCUUGUAUAAUUAUAAUUUCCCUUAAGCAUCUUGAUGUUUCUGCCUUCGUAUAGUAUGAAUAUCUCCAAUCUUUUAUAAUACAAUAGGUUAGGUCUGUUUCGUUGGAAAUAUCUUAUUCUUUCUAACUGUAAACAGCUAGAAUUUUAAGUUAUCCAAGGCAUUUUGGCAACACGUUAGUUA